AUGGAUAUUCGCAAGUGGACCUCAAACUCUCCGGUUCUGCGGGAGAGAUUUCUCAUGGACAGCACGUCCUAUGACAAUGCCUCCGACGGCGACACCAUCGUCAAGGUUCUCGGCCUAUAUUGGGGUCGCAGUACGGACGGUCUUCUUCUCAAAACGACUCGAGCAGCAGACUUCGCCGUCGCACACCCUGCCACGAAGCGCACUGUCCUGAAAGCAUUUUCACUUGUGUAUGACCCCUUGGGGUACAUCGCACCUGUCAUUAUAUCUGCGAGAAUUCUGUUUCAAGACCUGUGGCGCAAUGGCCUAUCGUGGGACCAGCCAGUUAGCGAAUCAGACAACGUAAUCUGGGAGAAGUGGAAGGUCAGCCUGGGAGAAUUGAACCUGCUCAGACUCCCGCGCUGCGCUCUCACUGAAGAUAACUCACUCGUCGAUGUGCACUGUUUCGCAGAUGCCAGUCCGAAAGCCUAUGGCACUGCCAUACACUUGCGGAGUCUUACUCCCAACGGCUCUCUUCUGGUCCAUUUGCUCAUAGCACGGGCUCGUCUGGCACCGUUAAAACAGGUGUCGUUGCGUCGUCUCGAGCUCCUCGCCUGCCUCUUAGCUACACGUCUCUACCGUCACGUUUCCGCGCUGAAGACUCUCAGUCAAGUGCCAGUACAUUUUUGGACAGAUUCCACCAUCGCUCUUCAGUGGAUUCAUUGA